AUUAUCCUUAAAAUAGAAUAUGUAAGACGGAUUUAAUAGGCAAUCUAUAUUUUCUAGCCAAGACACCUUUUUCAUUAGUAUAUAGAAUUAUAUAUACUACUACUAUAUAUGAUAGAACUUAAUAUAUAAUUAAAUAGAAAGAAAUAUUAAAACCAAGAGAUUGAAAAGGCAGUCAACUUUACUAUCAUAAAGAACACGAUUCCAAGAUUUAUUUAUAUAUAUUAUGAAUGCUUACUAUUAAUCACUCAAGAGAUUGCUCAAUAGUUUAAUGGCUCUAGUCAAAUUCGUACCACAACUCUUCGCAGCUAAGUAUGAUUGCUUACUAGUAUUAAUCACUCACGACUCAAGACUUUGCUCAAUAGUUUAAUGUAACAAUUCAACAAACUUAAUACUAAUCCACAGAUUAAGCCAAGGUCAAAUUUAAAUAUAAUAUCCCCUUUUCUAUCUUAUAUCAAGAAAAAACUACUACUACAUGUUUUAGUCCCACAUUCAACACCAUAACCAAUAUUCUCAUGCUCAAGGAUAUUUUAUUACAUAUACUAUUUGAUGAAAUACACAUUAUAUAAGAACCUGUUUGUUGGAAGAAUGUGUAGUAGCAAAUACAAAAACACAUGAACCCAAAAAAGGCAUAUAUUUGUUGAAAUGGAGAAAAGCAAAGGCCAUUGCUUGAUCAUGCCGGAUCAGCUUCAAGGCCACAUAAAUCCCAUGCUCCAAUUCUCCAAACGCUUAGCACAAAAGGGAGUCAAAAUCACACUCGCCGUCACACGCUACACCUUCAAAACCAUGCAGGACUUCUCAUGUGGUUCCAUUUCUGUGGAGACUAUCUCCGACGGAUACGACGACGGGUGGCGAGGCGACCUCAACGACGACCUUCAGGAGUUCGUGGACCGCACACGACAAGUUGGGACGAAGACGAUGGAGGAGCUCCUGGAGCGGCUGAGGGGAUCCGGCCGGCAAGUCGACUGCGUGGUCUACGACCCCCUCAUUCCGUGGUGCCUCGACGUUGCUAAGAAGCUGGGAUUGGUUGGAGUGGCUUUCUUCACUCAAUCGUGUGUGGUGACUAGCAUCUACCACCAUUUGUAUGAGGGGCGUAUUCGGCUGCCGUUUUCGGACGGUGGCGCUGUUCGUCUUGCUGGAUUGCCUGCUAUGGAACCAUCAGACAUGCCGUCGUUCAUGUAUGACGGGUCGUAUCCGUCCGGUUUGAAGCUGAUGUUGGAUCAGUUCGAGAACAUCGCGGAGGCAGAUUGCAUACUGGUCAAUAGCUUCUACGAGCUGGAAACAGAGGCGGUGGAGUGGAUGGCUGGGAUGGGGAAGGUGAGGACGAUCGGGCCGAGCAUACCUUCGGCGUACAUGGACAAGCGGAUGGCAGACGACAGGGUAUACGGCCUUAGCAUGUUGAAGCCGAGCAAGGACACUUGCGUUGAGUGGCUCGGGCGGCGCGCUCCGAGAUCGGUCAUUUACGUUUCGUUCGGUAGUAUGGCGGAGUUGGGAGCAGAGCAGAUGGGGGAAUUGGCGGACGGGUUGAGACUAUCCGGCUAUUACUUCAUGUGGGUGGUUAGACCCACGGAGGAGUCCAAGCUUCCGGACGGUUUCUCUUCGGAGAAAGGGUUGGUGGUGGGAUGGUGCCCCCAGUUGGAGGUGUUGGCGGACGAGGCGGUGGGGUGCUUCGUCACGCACUGCGGGUGGAACUCGAUGCUCGAGGCAUUGAGCUUGGGAGUGCCGAUGGUGGGGAUGCCGCAGUGGAGCGAUCAAACCACCAACUCUAAGUUGAUGGUGGAUGUGUGGGGGGUGGGGAUCCGGGCUCACCCCAACCAGAGAGGUGUAGUCGGGGGAGCCGAGAUAGUUCGUUGCGUGAAGCAUGUGAUGGAAGAUGGGGGAGGGGAAGAGAUGAGAAGAAGUGCAGAGAGAUGGAAGAGAUUAGCUAGAGAGGCAGUUGAUGCAGGAGGCACAUCAGAUCAAAAUAUAGAGGAAUUUGUUGCUUCAAUGGUGGCUUCUGCAUAUUGAUACUGUAUUAACUUUUUCUUUCUCUAAUAAGAUUGAAGAUAAAAAUAUAGUAUUUCCUAGGAAGAUAGAGAAACAGAAGAAGCUGAAGCACUAGGAGAAUAUCAUCGUUCUACUCAAAAAAAUGGGCACACAGUUUAUACAA